UUAAAAGCAAAACCCUAAUUCUCCCUCUUCGAUUUGGGAAAUAUUCGAAGCUCUUAAACUUCCGAAUCCACAAAAUCCCCAAUUUCACCUACUGAUAAAGAAGGGUAUUUGCUACUUCUCGUCUUUUCCACAAUUUCUCGUUAUAUUUUUGUAUUUCCUUCCAUUUUCCUCUCUUUACGUACUGCUCUUUUUGAGUUUUAAUUUUGAACCAAGAAUUCUUUUCAUAGUUGAAGACUCUGUUAAAGGGAUUCAGUUUCUGUAGAACAAUUGACCUCUACACUAUUUAAUUUAUGCAUCCCCAUAAAGGUUGUGGAGAGUUAUGCUGUUUUUAUGUGUUUCUGUUUGGGGUUAUCCUUCCGUUUGCAUAGAAUUAUGAAGUCUGAAUUGGAGUGAGAUCGAAAUCUUGGAUCCAGCCUGCAAUUUUCUGUCAUGGGUCAUUCAGAUUCAGAGAAGAACAGAGAAAAUUUGAUUCCAGAUUGGGAAAAAGCAUUCGAACACUAUGAACAAGUAAUGGUUUUUGGUACUGAAGCUAUGCGUUUAAAGGCCACUGUCAAAUUUGCCCACAUCUCAAAUCAAGCCCCUGGAGAUGUAUUAGCUAGAACUAUUCCAAUUCUUGCUGAUCUUCUUGCCGGUGGAAAUUCAGAUAAUCUAAACCAGUCCAUUCAAGAAGCAUCUGCUUAUUGCUUAAAAAGGAUUGCCUGUUCUGGGCAAGGCAGGUUGGCAAGAGAGAUAGGUCAAUCUGGUGCUUUACAUUCUAUAUUAAGAUUGUUGCCAUUAUCUGGUAAUGGUUUUCAAAGACUUCUAGUAAAGUGUCUUUGGAGUCUUGUCACUUUUGCUAAAGCAAAUCGCUUGAUUGUGGCUAGAAAUGGUGGGUUGGAGAUUGUUAUUAAUAUGUUAAACUUGAAUAGGGAUGGCACUAGGCGAUACCUGUUGGAGAUUUUGAGUGCACUGACAUUGUCAACAGAAGUGAGGAUGGUGCUUAUCAAUUUUGGAGGGCUUAGAUUUCUUGUUGAGGCUGCUAGUUGUGGCAGCAUUGUGUCUAGAGAAAGAGCCUGUCGAGCUAUUGGGCUGCUUGGGGUUGCAAGACGCGCUAGGCGUAUGCUGGUUGAAUUGGGUGUGAUCGAAGUUCUCGUUGAGUUGUUCCGGGUAGGAGAUAACUCAACAAAGUUGCUUGUGGGAAAUUCUCUUGGUGUCAUAUCGGCUCAUGUUGAUUACAUUAGGCCUGUUGCCGAAGCUGGGGCCAUACCUUUAUAUGCUGAGCUUCUUCUGGGACCUGAACCAAUAGGGAAAGAAAUUGCAGAGGAUGUGUUUUGCAUAUUAGCUGUUGCAGAAGGGAAUGCUGUUUCGAUAGCUGAUCAAUUGGUGAGAAUCCUAAGAGAAGGUGAUGAUGCAGCAAAGGCUGCAGCUUCUGAUGUUUUCUGGGAUCUCUCCAGUUACAAGCACUCAACACCUGUUGUUAGAAACUCAGGUGCAAUUCCAAUACUCGUGGAGAUUUUACAGGAUGAAAGUAUUGAGGUUAGAGAAAAGGCCUCCGGGGCAAUUGCUCAGUUGAGUUACAAUGAGGGAGACCGAGUUGCUCUCAGUGAUGCUGGGGCAGUUCCAAUUCUGCUUGAAAUGCUGCAUGAUGAGUCAGAGGAGCUGAGGGAUAAUGCGGCAGAGGCACUUAUCAGUUUCUCCGAGGACCCAGAACAGCGAGAAAGAAUACUCGAAUCAAUUGACCUUCCAUCAUUUCAGAGUAUGCAAAACAGACUGGUUAGAAAUCGGGCAUCUGAUGAGCUUAUGGUUAGAUCGGUGAGACGGAUGAGCAUCCAGCAGCUCUCAUGGAAUCCAGAGAUUUUGUAAUAACACCAUGGUGUCUGGUAGGAUUUUGCUGGUUAUAAAACAUACAUGGAUGUAGCCUUCUCUGUUAAUGAAAUUGUAAGGGAAUUAUUAUGUUUGGUUAUAUGACCUAUUCUAGACA